AUGGCUGAUAUAUGCGCCGAUGGAUCCGCAGAACCGGCCGGCGAGACCGAUUAUUGGAAUAGAGAAGCAGUCACGAAUGGGUUUUUUGAGAGAAUUAGUUUAGAAGACGCAUGGGAAAACAUGCCGUACAUUACUCUUAAAGGAGAACACGUGAGAGAGUUCAGCUGCGGGAUGUUCUAUUACAGGACACUGUACCUGGACAGUAAGAGGGAUGCCCUAUACGUUGGCGCAAUGGACAAGGUGUUCAGGCUGAAUCUGAGCAACAUCAGUCACUCGAACUGCGAGAGGGACGCGAUGACUCUGGAGCCUAGCAACGUAGCGAAUUGCGUGUCGAAAGGGAAGUCAGAGCACUUCGACUGCCGGAAUCACAUAAGGGUGAUCCAGCCAAUGGGGGACGGUAAUCGGCUCUACAUGUGCGGCACGAACGCUCACUCACCCAAGGAUUGGGUGAUUUAUAGCAAUCUGACCCAUUUAUCCCGUCACGAGUACGUCCCAGGCGUCGGUAUGGGUAUAGCGAAAUGUCCUUACGACCCUGCGGACAAUUCGACCGCCGUCUGGGUGGAAAAGGGCAAUCCUGGUGACUUGCCAGCUCUUUAUUCCGGCACCAAUGCCGAAUUCACGAAGGCCGAUACCGUAAUCUUCCGCACGGAUCUCUACAAUUUAACCAGCCGUCGCAAAGAGUUCAGCUUCAAGAGGACACUGAAGUACGACUCGAAAUGGCUGGACAAACCGAAUUUCGUGGGAUCCUACGACAUCGGUAGCCACGUAUUCUUUUUCUUCCGCGAGACCGCGGUAGAAUACAUAAACUGCGGCAAAAGCGUGUAUUCCCGUGUGGCGAGAGUUUGCAAACGGGACACCGGCGGCAAGAAUAUUCUGUCGCAAAAUUGGUCGACUUAUCUGAAGGCCCGGUUGAACUGCUCAAUACCCGGCGAAUUUCCCUUCUACUUCAACGAGAUACAGAGCAUUUAUAAAGUACCAGGCGACGACACCCACUUUUAUGGGACGUUCACCACCUCGACGAACGGGCUAAUGGGUUCGGCGAUCUGCUCAUUCCACAUCGACGCGAUUCAGGAGGCGUUCCGAGGAAAAUUCAAAGAACAAGCGACGAGCAGCAGCGCCUGGCUUCCGGUGCUCUCUAACAAAGUUCCUGAACCGCGACCGGGCCAGUGCGUGAACGACACGGAGACAUUCCCGGACACCGUUCUGAACUUUAUUCGAUCCCACCCACUAAUGGAUUCGGCGAUAACGCACGAGAACGAGAAACCGGUGUUCUAUAAGCGGGACGUGAUGCUCACGCGAUUGGUCGUCGAUAAGCUACGCAUCGAUUUCGUUGGCCUCGAUUUGGACUACACGGUCUACUAUGCUGGUUCCAGCGACGGACGUGUACACAAGGUAGUUCAAUGGACAGACAGCAACGGGGACUCCCAGUCUAUCCUGUUGGACGUUUUUGAUGUGACGCCUGGCGAGCCGAUCCAGGCGAUGGAAAUCUCGAAGGAGCACAAGGCCCUUUACGUCGCCUCCGACCAUCGAAUAAAGCAGAUCGAUCUGGUGAUGUGCACUCGCAGAUACGACAACUGUCUUCGCUGCGUUCACGAUCCUUACUGCGGCUGGGACAAGGACUCGAACACCUGCAAGCCUUACGAGCCUGGACUUCUUCAGGACGUGUCGAACAGCACCGCUGACGUUUGCGACAGCAGCGCAGGUAAACGGCAGCUGGUGGUCACCUGGGGACAGUCGGUGCAUUUGGGCUGCUUCGUGAAGAUGCCGGAGGUGCUGGCGAAUCAGGAAGUCAGGUGGGACCACUACAGCAAGGAGAAGGGCAAGUACCAGAUAGCUUACAAGUACGGGGCCGGAGGGGGCAAGUUCAUCGAGACGUCCGAGAAAGGCCUCGUGAUUGUGGGUGUGAACGAGCAAGACGCCGGAAGAUACGACUGCUGGCUCGGUGGCUCGCUUUUGUGCUCGUACAACAUCACCGUAGACGCUCACAGAUGUUCCGCGCCCGCCAAGUCCAAUGAUUAUCAGAAGAUAUACUCGGACUGGUGUCACGAAUUCGAGAAGUACAAGUCCGCCAUGAAGAGCUGGGAGAGGAAGCAAGCGCAAUGCGCCUCGAGGCAGAACGACAGCAAUCAAAAUAUGCACAUGAACGAGGUGUACGGCACCCCCCUGGUCUGAUGGAACCGAUCGUUGGAGCCCUCGUCGAGCCGAGACCCCGACACAGUUCCACGUACAAACGUCCUGCCGAAGAAUCGCGGUCCAUCCACGAUCAGUCGGACGAGCCUCACUCUCCUUCUGACCGGUUACACCACUGCCUUUGUCCUCCUUGCGACCGACGGGCUUUCGACCAAGUGAAGGGGAUCGGAUACGCGAGACACGUCCGCAUCAAGAGCCGGCAAACCGUAGGUCCGUGAAGGCGAGAUCACCACCAUGUCCACCAAUGACGUUCAAUCUCGAUCGAUCGAACGAGCCGGUCUCGUCCUGACCGCUCGUUGGAUCGUCUCGAACCAUCAUCUCGACGAACUUUCAAUCUCGAUCGACAAAGACGCAAGGCUGAUCAUCCGAUUUUUCACGGCCCGGAUCAAUGGAACGAUGGCCACCAUGAAAUGCGCCGGUGUUCAUCGCGGAAUCGCUACCAAAACGACUGCCAUUAACGUACCAUCGUCUUCUACGUGGUGUGAACAGUGCCCGCGGUACGGUCCAAUACCACGAGGAUCCACCCUUGUAUCCGGUCUCGGAACUACCCGCGAACACUUCUCUCCCACUUCUGUAAAUAGUCACACACACAUACACACACACACAC